AUGGGGUCGAAAUCCAAAGACAAGUCUUCAUCAUCGUCGUCGUCGUCGCGCCGGUCUAAGCGUUCGGGCGGCGGCGGUGGUGAUGACACGGCCUCGAUCAGAUCGCGGGCCUCUCAUCGCUCGUCCCGGCCGAGCCAGCCGCAGCUGCGUGCGCCGUCGCCGACGAGCACCAUCGGGUCGCGCUAUUCGCUGCGCGAGCAGUUUGCCAUGACCCGCUCCGAAUUUGAGUUUGGCUUCGACGACGCUUCGGUUAUUGAACCGGCCGAGUCCAUCGCCGAGACCAUUGUGCGCGACGACGACUCCGAGGGCACCGUCAUGGACGAGUCGCACCACCCCCACGAUUUCUCGGCCAGCAUCGUCGUGCCCCGCGAUUACUAUGAGUUACUGUGUCUGCCCAAGGGUGCCGACCUGUCCGAGGACGAGCUGCGCGAGGCCGCGUACCGCUUCCUCCAGAUCGUCGCCAUCAACAAGCAGCCGUCGCAUCUGCGGAGCACGGCCGCUUUUUAUUUGGGUAUGGCCCAUUCCGCCGUCGAGACGCUGCGUGAGCCGACCCGGCGGCUGGGCUACGACCUCUCGGAGGUGGUCGACGACGACUCGGACUCGGAGGAAGCUAUCCGGCGAAAGGCGCUGCAGGACCCCGCCGACGGCGAGAGCUACGAGAGCAGGCUGCACGAGCAGUAUCUCCUGCUCACCAACCGGGAGUCUCGGACCGCUACCGAUCUCAGCUUCCGGGUGGACGCCUCGCCCUUGAUCGCUUCGGGGUCCGACCCCGUCUCCCAGGACCACCAGCCGAAUUCCAGUCUGACCACCCCGACCUUGACCAUCACCGGCUCGGCCUACGGGUUGUUGGAUGAGCCGUUCCAGAUUGCGCCGUUGUUUCUCGGCCGUUAUCAACCGCCCAGUCCGUCUACUCAUGGCCGCAGGCGGAUCGACCAGUUGCUGGCAUCCCGCUUUGUUCCCCUCCUGAGCUUGAACCUCCGUCAGGAGCUUUCCUUCAAGGAGACCGCCGAGUUCAGCCCGGGUCAGGACCUUGUUGUGGAACAGGAAAUCGCACUCCUCCCUCAGCCCUCUGCCACAACCCGAGUCGGCUACUCCCUAGAUCUAGAGAAUGGCGACCCGCCCUUGAACGUAGAAGUGUCAGUCCGAAAGCUCUUCACGAGCCGGGCCAGUCUUAUCCCGAGCCUCGGCCUCGCAGCCCACCAGCGGAUCGGCCACGGAAUCGCCUUCUUCGUGGCCGACGUAGGCGACUGGGGUCCGCGAACACCUAAGGACGGCCUCACUCCCGUAGCCGACGUCUUCCGUAACCCGGCCACCAUCGAAGUCGGCUACGCCUUCGGCCGCGACGAUCUCGGCAUGCAGUUCGGCCAAGCCUUCACCAAACCGGCCGAACGCGGCCUCGCAAGCCUUGACUACGACCUCGACGAGCGAAAACCCGGCUCCUGGACCGUCUCCACGGGCUUCACCCUCGGCGUCGCCGCAGCCUACCUCCGCUACGGCCUCGACAUCCUCCCCACCCUGACACCCGCAACUCUGACCCCUACCCCCCGACCCCAACGCCGCGCGGCCCUCCGCGGCGAAGCCGAACUCGCAGCAACCACAUACCACGGCCUCUCCCUCUCCCUGCGCGCCCUCAAACCCCUCGGCCGCUUCUCCAAAGCCGGCCUCGAAGUCAGUUUCUCCCCGAGCAACACCCAUCUCGCCUUCUACUGGUCCCGUCUCGGCCAGCGCAUCUCCCUGCCCUUCCUCGUCGCCCCAGCCCUCGGCAGUGCCGCCACCACCGCUGUCCUCUCCGCCCGUGUCCUCUUCUACACCGCUAUCCUCCCCUUCACUGCCCUCGCCGGCUGGGAGAUGUACCAGCACCGUCGGCGCAUCAACGCCACUACGAUGGCACAAAAGCGCCGCGCCGCGCAACAAAAACAGCAGCAACAACAACAACAACAAAAGCGCUCCAACAAGGAAAAAGACAGAGAAGCGCUAGCCCUCGCCAAUCAAGAAAAACGUCUCCAAGCCAGCAUAGCGCGCCGUCGCGCCGAAGCCGACGAACUCACCGUCGUGUUGGCCACAGGGGUCGAGCCGAGGCAGAUUGCUGAGCGCAAGCGCGGUGGGCUGGUCAUUCUCAGUGCCAAGUAUGGCGCGCCAGGGGACCAGGAAGUGGCCGAUGUCACGGUUGCUAUCGCGGCGUUGGUGGACGAUAGGAGUCGGCUGUAUAUCCCCGCUGGGCUGAGGAAGAGCAGGCUGCCGGGGUUUUGGGACCCGAGUCCCGGGCGGAAGAAGGUGUUGCGGGUGAGGUAUUUGUGGCAGGGAAGGGAGGGGGAGGUGGAGGUUAGUGGACGGGAGGAGUUGAGGUUGCCUUGA